ACAUUUUUCACCAACGGAGCACGGAUAUAUUUCGAAAAACGUUGAACUUGAGUCGAUUACCGCUUCUCGGCGAUACCGGUCUUUUAACAUCAAUUUCCCUUGAUACAACCGAGCGGCGCCAUUUCUACACUUAACGAGAUCAUUUCUCGACCGUUUAAUGCCGGCGUGGAACGCACGCGGCGGAAACCGAACCGACCGGCAUCUCUGUGUCGCGAUAAACUCCGAAAGUUCAGGCCGGCGUUUGGCUUUCGGUUAGGCAUCAUCGCGAUCCUCGAUCCGUCUUCAUAGUCAGCGUCACUGUCUGUACCGAUGAUACAUAUAUAGAGUGAGGCAGGAACGUUGGAACAAUAUCAGCCAAGAUGACUCAGGAACCCGAUAUGCCCACCUUCAAGUGCGUCCUCGUCGGCGACGGAGGUACGGGCAAAACGACCUUCGUCAAGAGGCACUUGACGGGUGAAUUUGAAAAGAAGUACGUUGCGACACUGGGCGUCGAAGUCCAUCCCUUGAUAUUUCACACGAAUAGAGGGCCGAUCAGAUUCAACGUUUGGGACACUGCUGGGCAGGAGAAAUUCGGAGGUCUUCGAGACGGUUACUAUAUCCAGGGACAAUGCGCCGUUAUCAUGUUUGACGUAACAUCUCGUGUCACCUAUAAAAAUGUACCAAACUGGCACAGAGAUUUAGUCAGAGUCUGCGAAAACAUUCCUAUCGUACUAUGCGGCAACAAGGUUGAUAUCAAGGACAGAAAAGUCAAAGCCAAGAGCAUCGUAUUUCACAGGAAGAAGAAUCUUCAGUAUUACGACAUCAGUGCGAAGAGUAAUUACAACUUUGAGAAACCGUUCUUGUGGCUGGCUCGCAAACUGAUCGGAGAUCCUAACUUGGAGUUCGUGGCUAUGCCGGCUCUCCUGCCACCUGAAGUCACAAUGGACCCACAAUGGCAGCAACAAAUUGAAAAGGAUCUCAAAGAAGCUCAGGAGACAGCGCUCCCGGAAGACGAUGAGGACCUUUAGUUUCAUUACCAUCAAUCAAUGCUGAAGGCCUUACUGCGAGGUCUUGGCGAGCGCCUUACUGCACGUCAUGUGCUCGCCCUUAAAUGUUUAAUGCGAAUAAAAUAAUUAUAUAAAUAUCGGUCGAAGGAACUUUCCUUUUAUGAAAAUUCCUUUAUCAUUUUUCUUUGUAAUUCAUAUCGCAUUACUUGAGUAUCCAACUAAAUAGAAAUUUUUUUUUUUAAGUAUUCUGAUAACAUUGUAGUUAUUCGAUUAUGAAAUUAGCGCGUUUUAAAGUUGGAUAUUUUUGUGAUUAUUCACUUUAAAAUUUUUUAUUGUGAAUAAUGCAUCGACUGCAUAAUUUUUAACGUCUACUUUUUUCUGCAAUCAUUUUUUUUCUUGUAUGCUGGUUACAAUUGUUGUAUUUGUGGAUACUAAAAUACAUUUAACUUAUUUAAUAAUCAAUGGUUUUGCUUUAUUUUCAAAAUUAGAACCGUAUACUGAAACAUGUGUUAAAUUCUUGACUUAUUUUUAAUGACAAGGAUUAAUUAUAACAUAAAUCGUAAUAUACACGAAAGAUACUUUUGCAAAGAAAAAGUCCUUCGAUUGCAUAAGAAUGCGUGUUAGCUCACUGUGAACUAAACUGAAUUUAAAAUUACAAGAAGAAUGGUUCAAAAAAAAGUAACAAUGGUAUUUAUUGGGAGUAACCGGCUACUUUA